AUGGCAAUAUUGGAUGGCGCCGAGGGGAUUGGCGAAAACUGUCCGUUCCAUGUUCCACCUAUGGACGUCGAGGAGAAACGCCUUCUUGUACGGGAACGUCGUGGUGAUGUUGGCAUGAGAUAUGUGCGUCCUUGUAAUGGGAUACAGGCCCGUAACGAUAGCUAUGAAUUGAAAUCUAAUGGUCAAUUAAGUAUUAGUGAUAGUAAGCUGUAG